UCGGACAGUGUGGCCGACGCAGAGCUUCUCUCUCAGACUGGUUACGCCACACUGGCCGUCAUCAUGGGCGUCUUCUCCGUCAUGGGGGUCGCCCUCAACAUAAUGGUGAUUGUUGUGACCGUGAGACACAAACAGCUGAGGCAGCCGCUCAGCUAUGCUUUGGUCAAUCUGGCCGUGUGUGACCUGGGCUGUGCGCUGUUUGGAGGGCUGCCCACUACGGUGACCACUGCCAUGAGGCACACCGGCUUUGGGCGCGUGGGAUGCGUGUUAGAGGGCUUUGCCGUGUCCUUUUUUGGAAUAGCAAGUCUGUGUACAAUAGGAGUCAUCUCAGUGGAGCGCUACAUGGUGGUGUGCUAUCCUAUGGGUGCUGUUCUCUUCCAAACCAGGCAUGCCAUCGCUGGAGUGGUGUUGUCGUGGGUGUGGUCCUUUGUGUGGAACACGCCGCCUCUGUUUGGUUGGGGGAGUUACGAACCGGAGGGCAUCAAAACCUCCUGCGCCCCCAAUUGGCACAGCCGGGAUGCAGGCAACAUGUCCUACAUAAUGAUGUACUUCUCUCUCUGCUUUGCCCUGCCCUUCUCCAUCAUCAUGGUGUCCUACGCCCGACUCUUGUGGACACUCAGGCGGGUAGGCAAGUUGCAGGUAUCUGAAGCCGCCAGCACACACCGCGUGGAGGUGCAGGUGACACGCAUGGUGGUCGCCAUGGUGUUGGCCUUCCUGGUGACCUGGCUGCCGUAUGCAAGCAUGGCUCUGGCUGUCAUCAUAGACUCCCAACUACAAAUUGACCCACUGACUGCAACCAUACCGGUUUACUUAGCUAAAAGCAGCACCAUCUACAACCCUAUUAUUUACGUUUUCAUGAACAGACAGUUCCGAAAAUAUGCUGUACCCACUAUCCUGUGUGGAUGGAACCCCUGGGCCUCAACAGUAGAACUAUCUGAAGGCGAGACCGUUGCUUCCGUGAACAGAAACCAAAAGGUGUCAGCCAAGGAAUGUCCGGGAGAAUAA